CUAAUUUCAAGCUUCAGUGAUGAUUUACCACAUUGUUUACAAAUAAAGAAAGCUGGAGCACAAAUCUCCCUCACCUAAUUACCCAAACUCUUUCUCUCUCACUCUAUAUAUGUAAAUCUCAAGCUACAAUCAAAUCCCAACAAAAGAUGAUGAUAAUAAAAAAACAAAAAGAAAAGGACAGCAGAGCAAAGAAGGAUGCCAUAGUACUCUACCCAUCUCCGGGAAUUGGUCAUGUAGUUUCCAUGGUAGAGCUAGGCAAGCUCAUCCUAAGCCACUCCUCCCACAGAUUCACCAUAACCAUCCUCCUCACCACCGGCUUCAUGGACAGCCCCGCCCUCGCCAAUUACAUCAACCGCAUCUCCCACUCCCACCCGGCCAUCUCCUUCCUCCGCUUCCCUUUCCAGCACGUCGACGCCGCCUCCACCCACAGCCAUGCCGCCACCCGCUUCGACUUCGUCCGCCUCAACCGCCCCAACGUGGCUCAAGCCCUCAAAGACAUCUCCGAGUCCUCCGCCGUACGCGCUGUCGUCAUCGACAUCUUCUGCGCCUCCGCUCUCGACGUCGCCAUGAACAUGGGGAUCCCCACGUACUACUUCUUCACCUCUGGCGCCGCUGUCCUCGCCGCCUUCUUGUACUUUCCAAAAAUACACGACCAAACAACGAAGAGCUUCAAGGACAUGGACGGUGUCGUUCUUUACUUCCCCGGAAUGCCUCCUCUCAAUUCUCCUCACAUGCCGGAGCCGAUGCUUGACAGAGACGACGCUGCAUACUGGGAUAUGGUCUAUUUCUGUUCCUAUCUUCCGAAAUCGGUUGGUAUCUUGGUCAACACGUUCGACGGGCUCGAACCAAUUCCGAUCGAGGCUCUAGCAAAUGGAGUUUGUGUUCCGGAAGGGCCUACUCCUCCGGUGUAUUGUAUCGGACCGUUGAUUGAUGAGGCCCGCGAUAAGAUGGAAAGUAGUAACGAAACAUCAGCCGAUUGCUUGGCGUGGCUUGACGCGCAACCGAGCAGAAGCGUGGUGUUCUUGUGCUUUGGAAGUAGAGGAUCGUUCUCGGCGUUGCAGAUAAGGGAGAUCGCGAAUGGAUUGGAGAGGAGUGGGCAGAGGUUUCUUUGGGUGGUGAAGAAGCCGCCGAGCGAUGAGAAGACGAAGCAGACGGAGGAGUUGGGAGACGAUUUUGAAUGGGAGAGUCUGUUUCCGGAGGGGUUUCUGGAGAGGACGAAAGAGAGGGGAAUGGUGGUGAGAUCUUGGGCGCCGCAAGUGGCGGGGUUGAGAAAGGAGGCAGUCGGGGGGUUUGUGACGCACUGCGGAUGGAACUCGGUGCUCGAGGCGGUCGUCGCCGGGGUUCCGAUGGUGGCGUGGCCGCUCUACGCGGAGCAGCACAUGAACAGGAAUGUGAUGGUGAAAGACUUGGGGAUUGCUGUGGGUGUGGAGCAAAGAGAAGGAGAUGGGUUUGUGAGUGGGGAUGAGGUUGAGAGAAGAGUUAGGGAAUUGAUAGACUCGGAACAUGGGAAAGAGAUCCGCCAUGAAAGCUUGAAGAUGAAGGACAUGGCUUCGGCUGCACUUGGAGAAUCUGGCUCUUCUGUUGCGCUACAAAAGUUUGUUGGCUCAAUAAUUACCAAAGCUUAAUGUGCUUUUCAUUUGUAGUGCUUUUCUCAUCCGUAGAAACUUUGUGCGAUUCUCAAUUGGUAAGAGAAAAUGUGUUUUCUAUUUGUUUGCAUAGAAUAUACGCAUUGUCGUCUGGAAUAUUUCAAGAUGAAAGUGCCACGUAAGU